AUGAAACGUACUCGUUCAGCUAAGAACAAUCUUAUUUCCUCUGAUAAGGGUUCAGCUGCGGAAAUGAUGGAGACAGAGAAUGAUGAGAAUAAACUGUUUGAUGGCGAGAAGAAAGUGUUGUUGAAUGAGUUCCAUUCAGCCGAGCAAAACGAACUGAACCGCCACGUGAUGAUCCAUAAAAUUCACAAAGACACUACGACUAACGAAAUCCGUGCGCUCUUAAAAGCUCGGGACAUUCAGUUUGCGAAGCUUUACGUAAAGCAAAGAGAUAAUGGAAGUCAAUAUGCUUUUAUCACGCUCAGAGGAGGGCAAUUUGCCUAUGAAGCCUGUGAAAAAUUCAACGUCAAUGCUCCUACUGUCAACGAAGUCCAACUGAAGCUAUCCAUCGCGAAAACACGAACGAAGAACAGCAAAGGAAAGCAAAUUCAAUUUGGUUCUGUUGAAUUCAAAGUCGACAACGCGACCGUAGAAGCUGUCAAAGUCGUUGUCGGGGGCUACGAUGGUAACCUUGGAUUCACUGUUCUUCCUGAAUUGACCAAAUGGAAAGCUAACCCAAGCAUAGAAGUUUGGGACUGGGCUUAUGAUGCGCCUUAUGUUUAUGAUGGCAUUGUAAAGUUCGAUAAGAAACGACCAGAAGAGGAUGAGCUCUAUCUAUUGAAUGAUUUCACCGGUGUUGGACCCCUUGGACCUGAAUUAACCAACAUCGUUGUUCGUGUGAAAUGCGUUAAAUCGACCCCGAAACACGUAAUUUUCCGAGACCUGGACUCUGGAUACGAACACAAUAUCGAAAACUAUCGUGGCGACAAGUAUCCUCUUCGAAAAUGGGCGAAAUACGAGUACUGGUAUCGGGAUAAAGUUGUACCAACGGGCGCGAAGGUGAAAUUAUUCGGAGUUGAAAAAUCUUUCUCGGCUGAUAAGCGCGCGCUCGAUCAGGAGUUUAAGAAGAUUGAAAACAGGGUGUUGAAAAUGCUCUGCUAUGGGGUUGAUAAGGAUGGAUUGCUACACGUUGACUUUGAGCUCAAAGAUGGUAGUCUUUUAUUGCAAGGACUUGUCAAGAGGGGAUUGUUGGAGGUCGUUGAAAAUGCUUCAGACGUUCUUGAGCCGUGUGCGGACAAGCUGGAUGGAGUUUAUCGAGAAGAACAGUUCGCGAUCUUCAACCAGGCUGGCUUCUCCCCUGGGGACAUUAUAUCUGGCCGUAUUGUUCACAUCGAUGCGAGUGAUAUAAAAUCUAUUUAUAUUCAAACAGAUGAGCCGAAAAUAUUAAAGCGACUCACGGAUGAGCUGCAAGUCAACAUUACAUAUGGAAAGGAGUUUCUCGAGAGCUCGGAGAAGCUCGAAGAAGGAGAUGUCUGCCUUUUCAUCGCAAAAUCGGCGAAUGGCAGACCACGGGCGAUGCGUGGUGAAAUUCAAGAACGAACAGAGACGUACUUUUCUGUGGAAGCGAUUGACCACGGAUUUUCGAUGAAUGUCAAGCACAAAAACUGCUACAUCCUUCCCAAGGAAUUUAAAGUUGUCGAGCGGCAAGCGCAAAAUGUCAUCUUGGCAGGAGUGCAGAUGGAAGGCGACUCGAAUGAGGCAAAAGAGGUCUUGAAUGCGAUAAAAAGCGAGAAGACAUUGCUUGAUUUUCAAUUUCUGACGGAAAAGGAAGUUUUCUGUCCGAUGCUUCAAGAAAAAAUGAUUCUCAACGGGGUGAAACCUUCAUUUCUUCCAGUAAACCGAUAA